UAUACCGAAUACCGGGCGCACUGCUGCUGUUGUAGCUUGCCUGACGUCGCCUGGUGCCGCCUGGUGCUCAGUCGCGAAAGGCACAUCCCCACAAUGGGUCACGACCACCGCGCUCUGCGAGGAGCGCCUUCAGGCUCGGCGCUGCUGGUGCUGGCCCUGCCCGCCCUGCUCGCCCUGCUCGGGGCGGCACAGGUGGCGGCCUACGAGGACUGCGACUGGCGCCCCACCUGCGGCCCGGCCGCCGUAUUCCCCAUCCCCUGCCACGACCAGUGCGGGAAGUACUUCCAGUGCUCUGACGGCAAGCUCACCGUCGAGACCUGCGGCCUCUUCAAGAAGUUCGACGCCAACAAGCUCGAGUGCGUUUACUUCGGCGCGGACUGCGAUUGGUACAUCGACGGCUGGACGACCACCACCACCACGACCACCACGACCACCACGACCCCGAAGCCCACCACGACCCCGAGGCCCACCCCGGCCACCAGCACGGUGGCUCCUGGGUGCCGGGCCGAGCCCGUGCCGCCGUGCCCCCCUCGGGGAACGGCCAAGCGGGCCCUGCCCUGCGACGGCAACUGCGGCAAGUACGCCAGCUGCAAGGAUGGCUCGUGGGAGACCAAGUCCUGCUUCCCGGGACGCCGCUUCAGCCCCACGGACAACGAGUGCGUCAUGCCGUGGAAGGUGGAUUGCGACUGGUGGAAGCGUUUGACUACUCUGCGACCGACAACGACCACAACCACCACGACCACCACCACGACCACCACCUCGACCACCACAACGCCAGCCCCCACCACCACCCCCUCCACCACCACCCAGUCGCCGUCUGGGUGCGGCUUCGUGCCCAAGUGCCCGCGAUGGGGCAAGGCCCUGAUCGCCGACCCCUGCCCCCGAGCAUGCCAGUACUACUACUCGUGCAGCGGCGGCAAGGCGACGCGCGAAAUAUGCAAACCGUGGCAGAACUUCGACCCCGUCAGCCUCGAGUGCGUCCUCUGGGACCUCGUGGACUGCACUUGGGCCAACCCGACAACUAAGACGCCGCCGACCACCACCACGACCGUUCCGCCGCCCACCGAGCCCAGCACGCCCAGCACGCCCAAACCGCCUUGCAGAUUCUCGCCAGUCUGUCCGAAACAGGGCGAGUCGCUGAUAGCUGACCCCUGUCGCUGCCAAGCGUACUUCUCCUGUGCGGAUGGACAAGCGACUUCUAAGCUCUGCAAUGCUUGGCAGAACUUCGACCCCGUCAAGCUAAAGUGCGUUUGGUACUCCCGCGUGGAUUGCUCCUGGCCGGCUUCACUGACAACGCCUGUGACACCCACGGACGCCCCAACAGAAGUCCCGACCCAGGAGCCAACAAUUCCCACGGAAGCUCCCACGGAUGCACCUACUGUAGCUCCAACGGAAGCUCCCACGGACGCACCCACGGAAGCACCCACUGCAGCUCCAACUGACGCCCCCACAGAAGCUCCCUCUGACGCCCCUAGCGAUGCUCCCACAGAGGCACCCACUGACGCCCCUACCAACCCACCAACGGAAUCUCCCACGGAUGCGCCCACGGAAGCACCUACUGCAGCUCCCACUGACGCCCCCACUGAAGCUCCAACGGAAGCCCCGACUGACGCUCCUACAGAAGCCCCGACUGAAGCUCCAACGGAAGCACCAACGGAAGCUCCAACAGAAGCCCCGACUGACGCCCCUACUGAAGCUCCAACAGAAGCCCCGACUAACGCCCCCACGGAAGCUCCCACAGAAGCCCCGACUGAAGCCCCCACGGAAGCUCCCACUCCCGAGCCCACGCUGCCCACCGCGCGACCGACAAUCAUUCCCGGCUGCGACUUCGUUCCGAACUGCCCUGCGAAGGGCAGCAGUAAACUGUCCAUCCCUUGCAAGGACCAGUGCGAAUACUACGUUCAAUGCACAGAAGGAAUCGGCAAGGUGGAGAAAUGCGGUAGAAGUUGGGCGCUCGUGCAGAUGCACUUUGACUCUAUUAGUUUAUCGUGUGCCGCAUUGAAAUACACUUGUGACGGUGAAGCACCCACCGAAGCACCUACGGACGCCCCAACAGAAGCUCCCACUGACGCCCCUACCGAUGCUCCGACGGAGCCACCGACUGAUGCCCCAACAGACGCCCCGACUGAAGCUCCCACUGACGCACCCACGGAAGUUCCCACGGAUGCACCUACGGAGGCACCUACUGCAGCUCCAACUGACGCCCCCACCGAAGCACCUACUGAUGCACCUACAGAUGCUCCCACACCGGCACCCUCUGACGCCCCUACCAAUGCACCAACGGACGCACCAACGGAAGCACCUACUGCAGCUCCGACUGACGCUCCCACAGAAGCACCCACUGACGCCCCAACCGACGCUCCGACAGAGGCACCCACAGAUGCCCCCACCGACGCCCCCACAGAAGCACCCACUGACGCCCCAACCGACGCUCCGACGGAGGCACCCACAGAUGCCCCCACCGACGCCCCCACAGAAGCACCCACUGACGCCCCAACCAACGCUCCGACAGAGGCACCCACAGAUGCCCCCACCGACGCCCCUACCAAUGCUCCAACAGAAGCUCCGACGGACGCUCCAACGGAAGCUCCUACUGCGGCUCCAACUGACGCCCCCACAGAAGCACCCACUAACGCCCCAACUGACGCCCCAACUGACGCCCCAACUGACGCCCCCACAGAGGCACCCACAGAUGCCCCUACAGAGGCACCCACUGACGCCCCAACUGACGCCCCAACUGACGCCCCAACUGACGCCCCAACUGACGCCCCCACAGAGGCACCCACCGAUGCCCCUACAGAGGCACCCACUGACGCCCCCACGGAGCCCCCCACUCCGCCGCCCACAUUGCCUACAGUCAGACCGACCAUCAUUCCCGGAUGCGACUUCGUCCCUAAUUGCCCUGCCACAGGUAGCAGCAAACUCGCCAUCCCCUGCAAGGACUACUGCAAAUUCUACGUUCAGUGCACGAACGGCGUCGGAACGGUGAAGAAAUGUGGUUCAAGCUGGGGCAAAAAGAUGCACUUUGACUACAAAAGUUUGUCGUGUGCCGCGUUUUCGUACCAUUGCGUUCCCGUCUCCUUCGCAUGAAGGUCAUCCAUCGCGCACUUUUGAAUAAAGGCCUCGAAUCAGCG